AAGCCCACUGGGAAGGGGCGGGCCCUCGGCGCGGAAGGCUGGCAGUGGGUCGACCUUCGGGAGUGAAGCAGGUGUGAAUGACGGGCUUAUGCGGGGGCAAAAGGGGGGCAGGCUGACUCUGGAAUAGGGGGGUAACAGUGGGGAGGGGGGUUCGGUAGGAGGCACCAGAGGCUAGUUAAAUAUCCGGCCAACCCGACGAACUGCCACCAGUGUUCCGAGAGCCUCCGCUCCGACAACCUGCCCACUACCUCUCCGCCUCCCCUGCACUCUACGGGAACUCCCCGCGUUGCACUACGAACGUUGUUGUCUCUGCUGCCUUUCUCUCUCUCCCUGUGGACUGAGGAAGCGUCAUGAGGGUUUCUCUGCUGCUGAUCUGCGCCCUCGCGGCUCUCGUGGCGGCCGCUGAGUCGAAAAAAUGCAAGGGCGCGUGCGUGUCCGCCGGCUCGUGUGCGGGGAUGAAGACGAAAGCCGAGUGCGACGAUGGCAAGGUCUGCUGCGUGACCGGAAGAAAUAUUGACGUCAAAAGGAAUUGCAAACCCACUCGCAAAUGCGGCAAGCUCAAGGGUGAAUGCAGGAGGAAGAGAUGUCUCCCUGGAGAAGUGAAGUUCAAGAACAAGGGCAAGAAGGUCUUCUGUAAGGGCAAGAAGAAGUGCGUUUGCUGUGCCAGAACCUGCGAAAACAAGGGCUUGUGCAACCUUAAGGGCGGUUUCUGCCAGCCCAUAUCCCUGCCUUGCGACGGCACGCUGGAGACUGGCAAACCCUACUGCAAGGCCAACAAGAAGCUGAAGGGAGGCAAAAAGAACAAGUGCGGAUGCUGCAUUCCAACAGGUAAGUGAUGUUCUUCAGGAAAUGGUCACGUAUUAGCGACCUUUGUUAUGCCUGGAUAGCCUUUCCAGGUAUGUGGACCAAUUUUGCUAUAACGCCAUUUUGUAAAUCAG